AACAUAAACCAAGCGUAGCCCCAAAUCUAGUAGCUGCUCUGGCUUGUGCGGCAUUCGAAUGUGUGUGCGCAUGUGUGUGCGUGUGUGUGUAGGGGGAGGGCUUUGGGUUGGGGUUGUUUUUAUUUGGGUUUUUCGCUGCACUUCGUGUCAAACUCGUGAACGGCAUUCUGUGAGCGCGUGACCAGAGAGAAUGCAAUAGAGAGAGUGAGAGAGAGAUAGAGAGCGAGAGCAAGCAAGCCGAAGGAGUUUCCCUACAUGUUGAUGAUGAUGAUGAUGAUGAUGAUGUUGUUGUUGUAGCAACAUAAUCGCACUUCGUGCAGCGCUGGUAAAUUGCAUUUGCGUUUCGUGAAUUCAGUUUUCAGUUCUGUUUCAGUUUCGAGUCCGUGCAGGUGCCUGCGAGCGAAGCCAGCGCCAGUGAGCCAGAGCCAGAGCCAGUGCCUCGGCCGAGUGCAGAAGUUUAGCAAAGCCAAGUAAAAGCAAACAAGUGCAGCUAUUUGUAUGCAUGUAUGUAUGUGUGCAUGUGUUUAUGUAUGUGUAUAUGCCCCCGCCGUAGCAUAGAUACAGAGAUACCUACACAUUUUCAACGCCAGCCGCCUGAAAAGUGAAAACAAACCAGGCCAGUGCAAAACUAAACUCAAGUAAAACCUAAAGGAAAAUAAGUUAGAAAAUCGAGAACUGAAAGUUCUUGAAUUUCUCGGUUAAUUCCCUGGCAUAGUUUUGAUCAAAAUACGACGCACAAUCUGCACAGAGACAAUGUCGACGCUGCCAUUCCUGUUGAGCGUUGCCGACGAGCUGGACAACAUCCAUACGCAAUCGUAUCUGGAUGACUUUGGUCUGGGCUUCCAUCCGCAUCGUCAAUAUUAUCGCACGCCAACCAUACAGCUAUCGCUGCCGGCCAGCACGGACUGGACUGGACGCACGGAUUGGCAGGGACGACAUUCGCGUUUUCGCAGCUACAAGUUCUACGAUGAUUCGCAGAACAAUCUCGAGGAGGAGCAGGACCAGGAACAGGAGGCGGAGCAGCAGCAGCAGCAGCAGCAGCAGCAUAGUCUGCAGCACGAACUACAGCUGGAACAUCGGGAGCACAACAAAGAUCACCACCAGCAGCAGCAAGCCCAUCCACAGCAGCAGCAACAACAACAACAAGCUCACACUGCCAACAUGGUCAAGUCGAACUCACAUGAUGUAGGCGUAGGUGGAUUGGGUCUGAAUCUGAAGGCCGGCGAGGAGGAGGAUGAUGAGAACAUCGAUCGAACUGUGCGCAUGUAUAAUCUGUCCAAGAAGUGCUGCAAGAAUUACUAUCGCCAUGCCCUCGAGUUGGACGGACUCGGCGCCAGUGGCCGGAGCAAGUGCAGCAAUGCGCGUACCGAGUGCUAUCAUUCUGGCUCCAGUUCCGAGGAGAGCCUGCAGAAGGUGCCAUCGCCCAUAGAGUUUCUCACCUGUUUUCUGGUCAAGAAGACGCGUGCGCCCAAAUGCUCGAGCCAUGCCCCAGCUGCCGGCCGUGCGGCAGUUGGGCAGCUUAAGAAGACAUAGAACGCGGCCGCGUUGCUGCCAGCAGCAACAGCCACAACAACAAUAAUAACAACAACAGCAACAACAACAGCAUCCGGCUCGAUGACAUCGACGUCGGCGUCGAAGCGUCGGAGCAACUGCUUCUGAAUGUUGGCCAGAGUCGGUGUGCUCUGCGGCCAGGCCUGGAGCUGGCUGCAGCGUUGCGGCGAGCUGCCUAGCUCGGAGCCAACGACGUUGCCUGCAACGCGUUUGGGACGCAUUACCUAUUAGGCGUCUCAAUUGCAGGGGCGUGGCACACACGACUCACACACACACAGACACAAACAGGCACACACGGGCACACAGCAAUUAGCAUUGAAAUUGUUUUAAGGUGCACAGGAAUUUGCAUAAGGAUUCGUGCUGCGGCUUUAUUUUUCAGCUAAGGGACAAAGGCCAAAAUAAAUACAACAACAAAAAAGGAAGCCGCUUCGAUUUGAACCAAACACAUACACACACACACCGAAAUUGUUUUUUGAAAUUCUUAAUAAUCGCGACACAACAAUUUUUAAAGCCACAGAUUUUUACCGAAAAUAACGAGAAUUUGUUAAGCAAACGUUUUUUAUACGAAUUUUUUGAUACCUAAAAAGUGAAACAAACAGAAAUAACUAUUUAUAUACCUAUAUAUUAUAUAAUAUACAUAUUAUACAUAUUGUACUUGAAAAGAAAAAAAACUAAAAACGGGCAAAUUUAAGGCACAUCCUAAACAACAACAAACACACACAGCUUAAAGCAGCUC